AUGGCUCACGGCGACUUCGGAAGACGUCAAAUCACUCUGGCCUUUAGCGCCUUUAUGCUCGUCUACAAUGCCGCCUUCCUCCUAUGCAUAGCCUACCUCUACGACGAGCUGCCCUCGGGCAUCGGAGAGAGCCUGGUCCUCUACUUUUGCGUCGCUGCCGUCCUUUGCUUGCUAGGCCUGCUAGGCACUCUCAAGCAAUCCCAAACACUUGUGGACAUUUUCGCCAACCACGUGCUCCUCGACGCUAUCCUCAUGACCGUCCCGCGUGUCAUCUUCUGUGCCUUCCUGACUAGCCUGCCGGGCACCCUGUGCGAGCCGUCCGACUUUCCCAACCCCUUCCGCCCUCCGACGAGUCCCAGCCUGCCGUCAGCCAGCCACAACGCCAAGCGUGCUACCAGCCCGGAUCGCUGCUUCGUCGUUAUGAACACAGUGAUGGGUGCCGCUGCUUUCCUGGCCGUCGCCAGCGGAGUCGCCCAGUGGAGUGUCGCCUUGAGGGUGCGCGAGUAUGCCAAGUCGCUGAGUGCAAGUGGUCAGAACGGUCGCGAUGUGGAGAAGUCUGGCGCAGCUGUUAAGGAUGAGUCCGUUCCCUUGGCGUGGGGCUACUUGGACGAGAAGAAGACCCCUGUUGUGCUGGCAUAA